AUGGCCGCCCAAGAUGAGCUCUCAGAAGGCGGCAUGGCUGACCUCGUUCGGGCACUGGAGCUCAUCCACAGCCCUUCGUCGACAAAUGAGCUCCGCAGGCAAGCCCUGACCUUUGUGGAGUCUCAAAAGGAAAGCAAGCUAGCUGCUCGUAAUGGGUUCCUUCUGGCUUCACGGGUAGAAAACGCUUCCUUGGUCCGCUAUUUUGGCUUAACGCUCUUGGAUCAUGUACUGCGUCACACUUCUUUCACCUCCGCAGAUCAGGUGGCUAUCCUCAGAGACUUUGUUCUCAAGCUUGCUGAGUCAAUCCGGCCAGAGGAUCCGGCCUAUUACCGCAACAAGAUCCCGCAGUUAUGGGCAGAGAUUGCCAAGAGAAGCUGGGGCCUAGACUGGUUGGCAAUGGACGAGAUUCUUGUGCAGUUUUGGGGAGCCAGUCUUGUACACAAAGAACUUGUCCUGUCUAUUCUGGAGACAUUGUCAGAAGACAUCUUCUACCGCGAAGACACCGUCUCAUCCUUGCGAGGCACAGAUCUCAACAGAGCAUUAGUGGAGAUCUGCACACCACUGUCAGUCUUUGAGGAGAUCUAUCCAAAGCGCGAGCACCAUGUUGAGCUUCGGUGUGGGAUCGAGGGCUGGCUCGCAAGGACAUGCGAGUUCCUUAUCUACUGUGUUGAGAACCUGCAAGCUUCCACACAGGCCAGAGACGCAGCGCUCAAAGCUCUUGCAACAUUGAAGUCCAUCUUAGUCUGGGCAAUUCCCAAGGCCAUCAUAUCCGCAAAUUGUGUCUCGAGUAUCGCAAGGUCGCUUACCUGCAGCGAUGAGCAGGUGUUGUUGGUAAGGCACCUCGACCUUUCCCAGCAGCACUACACGAGCAAUGCUGAACUAUUCAUCCAGGCUGCAGUCGAAGCACUGCAUGCUCUUUAUAGCAGGUCGAAUUUCGAAAUCGAAGACUUCCAGCCUCUCGUGCACUUGAUGUACGAAACAGAGUACUUGACUCUCCUACAGAAAUUGUACGAGUGGUCCAUCGUUGGACCCGACGACAUCGAUGAUACUAGGUACACGAUUUCGAAAAAACUAUCCGAGAUGCUCUCGUACCUUGCGGGGUUCCUUGAGGAGAAGGGCUUCUCUCUUGAGACCGCACAUGGCAUGAACCUCACUUUCUUUUUCCAUCUCCUAAUCAGUGUCAUUCAGAACCACAGCUUGACCGUGUCGAUACCUGUCCUUCACGUAUGGUGCAAACUACUUGCCUCCGAGAGGAUCGGGAACACCGAUCUGGUAACUGGAUUGAUUCCCCCUUUGCUUAGCAUAUGUACUGAGCGACUGAUCCGCUGGGAAUCACUACCAGCGGACUCUGAUAAUCCUACAGUAGUCUUUCUGAAUGAAGACAUUGAUACAGUGCCAGAACGGCACGCUUUCGUUGGAAACUACAGGAGAUAUUGCUCGUCCAUCAUCGAGACUAUUGUCCAGAAAAGACCACAAGAUGCUAUUCCACAUAUUCUCGCGGGCGUUGAUGCAAACUUGGACAAUCUCUACAAUGGGGUUGAGCCAUUUGAUGUGAAAACGUUCUCCAAGAACUCUCUUUCGUUGAUGCGCGCCGACACUCAAUUCGCUGUUGUGGAAGCUACACUCAAGGGUUAUAACAAAUGGGUUUCAGCUCAUGGCAAAAUGCCCCAACAGGACGAGCAGAAACGAAUAGACUUGGAAAGCGCGCUUGAGACAUGGGCUUUGAGUCUGAUGCAGAGGAACUACGAGGACCCUAUUUUGAAACAGCGCAUCAUCAAGCUUAUCGUUGACAUCUCAUCCAGGGCUCUUGACAAGAAUCCCAGCUUUUCACUUAAAGUCCUUGAGCAUAUUCUCAUGACUCGUCUCCCUGACUUGGUUGAAUACCCGGCUUACUCGGAAGCUGUGAAGGAACUACAUGGGCUGGCCAGCCAUGAACUCCGACGCCUGGCUAUGCGCUAUGCUGACUAUUUCUCUACGUUCUACGAUCUGCUUGAGCCGAAAAUCAAGGAAAUCACCAUGGCCAACCGGGUGGACGACAAACUCCACAUGGAGCAUACCUCAAUCCUCCUAAUUAUCAUGCAACGUGCCAACAACGUCGAUCCAUAUCUGCGUGAAACCCGGCUGAAGUCCUUUCUGGAACCUAUCAGGCAAGCCUGGCAAGAAGAAGAAUUUCGGAGCACAAGCUCCUCAUUCGAAGGCUUCUGUGACAUGCUUGGGCUGCAAAAUGUUGGGCCCUAUAUGCAAAAGAACCAAGCGCAGAAGCUGGAAGACUGGUCCGCGGUCCCGCUGGAUAAUGAGGGGAAGCAGAUUCAGGAAACUAUGACGAGGAAGUUUCAGCAACUACCUCUGAGGGGAACUAAGACCAUGCUCGCAGUCUCUACGGAGAAAUUGAAGAAGACCGAUCUUGCUUAUGAUCUUGCGUGCAAUAUCUGGCACGACAUCGUUCCCAUUAUCUUGCCGGUAUUGUUACAGCUUGUCAGUAAUGCUCAUGCCUUCCACAAUCCGGCGAACUGGGGUGGCCUGCCUGAUGAUAUGCGAGGGGUCGUCGAACGUAUCCUGACCGACCGGUUCUGGCAGGCAGGCAUAUCUACUGGCAGCCGCGACGAGUUCUAUGCGAAGAUCACUGCGUCGCGGUCUUCGCUCGAAGGGUUCGCUUCCUCCGUUCGAGGUAAGGUUCGGGCUGUCCGAGAAUCCUGCUACUCAAUGCUGUUCAGCAUGAGCAGACUGAGAGAGCAUUUCUAUGGGUUUGCAGAACUUCCAGGACCUCUGUCGCAAGCUCUCUUUAAGGACUCACCACAUUUAUCCUCUCACCAAUUCUCUGUUCUCCUCAAUAUUUCCAGGUGCUUGAUCGAUGAUUGCCCUGUCCGUUUCCGAGCACAGUUCCUUCCUCCUAUGUUGGCAACGCUCUUCACCAACAUUGACAGGAAAGUCACAGCGGAAUGGGACCUUAUCGAGCAACGCAAAGAGGGACUUGCGGACGGGGAUUUGACUGACGAAAUGAAGUCAGAAAGUAUCCUCCGCCAGUUGACUUAUUCUGCGGUGCUCAUGGUAGCAAGUCUUUUGGAUCCGCAGAGAGGUGAUCCGGACGACGAGCCCGCUGAGCCUAGCGCGCCGCAACCACCUCCAGCACUUUCCGACUCGAUUCGGCACUUUGUUCUUUCUUCGCCGGAAGUAUUCGAACCCGUCAUGCUCUUCUGUACACAUGCUCUUCGCAUGCGGGAUACGAGAUGCUGUAGCAUCAUCACUCGUGUUAUUCGGUCGAUCUUGCAGGACUUCGCGCCUCCAAAUCACAGCCCAACUGUAGUCACCAUCCGCGAGUUCAUUUCCUCGGAAGUUCUCAAGGCCUGCAUUACAUCUGUGCAUGAGCCUUACUUUGUUGACAUGCAGAAAGACUUAGCCCAGCUGAUCGCGUCAAUUUGGGUUCUCUAUGGCUCGAGUAGCCCAACACCACGCUCGGUGAUCCUCAGCCUUCCUGGAAUGGAUGAACAACGGGUGGCAAGUACGGAAGCCGCGCUUCUACGAUCCACGGCAGCACGGCAGCAACGUGCGCUCGUGCUAGACCUUCUUGAAGGCCUCAGGGGCGUGAGUAUUGCCGAGCAAGGCAAGAUCUUGGGCUCCCGGGAAGAACGCCGCAAGGCACGCAGUGCCUUGCAAGAGAGAUACAUGAGCAACGAGAUGGAAGGCCAACAAAUCAGCAAAGUUGACAUCAAUGACGGGCCUGAUUUGGGUGGUGUUGCCGACAUGUUUGGUUAG